AUGCAGACUUCCAUCUUACUAGUCAUUAUCUUACUGCCCUGUUGUCUGACCUUUCCAGUGCCCCCUGCCACAGAAAGUGAAGGAUGGGACUUUGUCAAGGAACAUUUUCAUCAAUUUUUCCUGACCAAGAAGGAGUUGUCACUCCUUUCCCUGGAGAAACAGGCACAGAUUUCACAACAGUUCCCUCUGAAUGAGAUUGGCCUACCAGACCAACCGAAGCAUGCUAUGCUGCACCAGCCCUGCUGUGGGGUACCUGAGCUGGGUAACUCCUCCAUCUCCUCAGAAACUUCCAAAUGGAAUAAGUACAUUCUGACCUACCGGAUCAUCAACUACCCACAUGCUAUGAAGCCAUCCACUGUGAGUGACAUAAUGUAUAAUGCACUUUCCAUGUGGAGCACUGUGACUCCCCUGAUCUUCCAGCACGUGCAGAGUGAAGACGCAGACAUCAAGAUUUCUUUCUUGAACUGGGAUCAUGGAGAUGAUUUACCCUUUGAUGGGCAAGGCGGUGUCUUAGCCCAUGCCUUUUUACCAAAUUCUGGAAAUCCAGGAGUUAUCCAUUUUGACAAGGAUGAACAUUGGUCACCUUCAAACAGGGGGUAUAAUUUGUUCCUGGUUGCCACUCAUGAAAUAGGUCAUUCUCUAGGCCUGUACCACUCCAAGAAUCAAAACUCCAUAAUGUACCCCAAGUACCGGUAUCACAACCCUAGAACCCUCCAUCUCAGUGCUGAUGAUAUCCAAAGAAUUCAGCAACUUUAUGAAGAAAAAAUCCAGGGUGGAGGGUUGGAAUUGGUGGAUCAGCAGUAUGUAAUCAGACACACGGAAGCCAUAAAGAGUUUGACAAGGGACUUCAACUAA